CAAGAACACCCAAAGCAGUGAAACCCUUCCUUUGUCUUCCCUUCUCCUCCGCCCCCAUUCAUUCGUACCAUUCCAACUCGAGAGCCAGAGAGAUCGAGUGGCCGCCGCAGCAAGCCAUGUAUCGUCACGCCCCGCGCCUCCUGACUCGUGUCAUCGGUGGAGGAGGCGUCCGCCGCAGCGCCACUGCCCGUGCCUUCUCCACUGAUCUCCCGGCUGCGCCGUCGGAGGAUGCCGCGUUCGUGGAGGCGUGGCGGAAGGUGGCCCCCAAUAUCGACCCGCCCAAAACCCCGCUCGCCUUCAUGAAGCCCCGCCCACCCACCCCCUCCUCCAUCCCCUCCAAGCUCACCAUCAACUUCGUCCUCCCCUACCAAUCCGAGAUCUCCAACAAGGAGGUUGACAUGGUCAUUGUACCAGCAACUACAGGGCAAAUGGGUGUUUUGCCUGGGCAUGUUGCCACCAUUGCUGAGCUGAAGCCAGGGCUCCUUUCUGUACAUGAAGGGAGUGAAGUCACCAAGUACUUUGUUAGCAGUGGUUUUGCUUUCGUACAUGCUAACUCAGUUACAGACAUAGUUGCUGUUGAGGCUGUUCCUGUUGAUCGCAUUGAUCUAAGCCUUGUCCAAAAGGGACUUGCUGACUUCACCCAGAGGCUAAACUCAGCUACAACGGACUUGGAAAAGGCUGAAGCACAAAUUGGCGUUGAUGUUCAUAGUGCACUGAAUGCUGCACUCUCUGGUUGAGUGAUAAUGUUUAUUCCUUAAGAUGUGAUCCUCUUGAACCCAUGUUGAACACAGAUUAAGGGCUAACUCUCAAUGUGAGGAAAGAGGGGAAGCUACAAUAAGUUUUUGUUUCAACUGAAAACACAUUUUGGUAUUUUGAUAACUUAAUUGUGAUCCUGCUGUAAGACUGGAUUGUUUGGUAUUUUGCUUGUUUUGCAUUUUAA